UCUAAUACUAACGACGCCACUAGGGGCGGGCCGAAGAGGGGCGCAAGCGUACUGCGUUACGAGUCUCGGGACCCUUUUCGGAGAGACUAUGGCGCUCAACAAGAAUCACUCGGAGGGCGGCGGAGUGAUCGUUAACAACACCGAGAGCAUCCUAAUGUCCUAUGACCAUGUGGAACUCACUUUCAAUGACAUGAAGAACGUGCCAGAGGCCUUCAAAGGGACCAAGAAAGGCACCAUCUACCUUACCCCUUACCGGGUCAUCUUUGUGUCCAAGGGGAAAGACGCUAUGCAGUCCUUCAUGAUGCCGUUUUAUCUGAUGAAGGACUGUGAGAUCAAGCAACCUGUAUUCGGUGCAAACUACAUCAAGGGAACAGUGAAGGCAGAGGCAGGAGGUGGCUGGGAAGGAGCUGCGUCCUACAAGUUGACCUUUAUGGCAGGGGGUGCCAUCGAGUUUGGACAACGGAUGCUACAGAUGGCAUCUCAAGCCUCCCGAGGCGAAGCCCCCACUGGAGCCUAUGGGUACUCCUACCUGCCCAGCGGGGCCUAUGUCUAUCCCCCGCCAGUCGCCAAUGGAAUGUACCCCUGCCCUCCUGGCUACCCCUAUCCACCACCCCCACCUGAAUUCUAUCCAGGACCUCCCAUGAUGGACGGGGCCAUAGGAUUUGUGCAGCCCCCACCACCGCCCUACCCUGGGCCCAUGGAACCGCCAGUCAGUGGCCCUGAUGUCCCCUCCACUCCUGCAGCUGAAGCCAAGGCCGCAGAAGCAGCUGCCAGCGCCUAUUACAACCCGGGCAACCCACACAACGUGUACAUGCCCACGAACCAGCCUCCGCCACCUCCCUACUACCCGCCGGAAGAUAAGAAGACCCAGUAGACCCCUCACCCCUGCCUCCUACCUUCAUCGCUGUUUCCUUCCCCUCCCCUUGGGGCCAAGUCUGGGGUGGGGGGUAAUAGGGGAGCCUGUCCUUCCUCCAGGUCUGAUUAUAAAACACUUAACAGGAACUGGCGUUGACGGAAGGGAGGGGCCCCUUGACUCAAGCUGCGCCUCCAGCUUCCCACACUGCUCAUGUGCCCACACGCACUCAGCACACUUCCCUCGUACCAUCUCUGGGGCUCUCAGGAGCGUGGGGUGUCCCCCUCAUUCCUGUCUUGCUCUCGUAGUUUCUUUCCCCAGGGGACUCUCUAGCCACCUUCGCCACCACAGUCCAGCUCCCUCGUUUUGGUAGCCCCUUUACCCUCAGCCUCCGGUCUUCCCGAGGGCCCUGCCAAGCCCUACUUACAUUCCCGUCACUCUGGUCUGUGCCUAGCCGUGGAAGCCACCUUCCGCCGGACUGUCAGCCCACAUUCCGUUCCCAGCCAGCCGCCAGCCCGUCACACUUGCCUUCCCUUUCCUGCUCUGUCCUGGGUCAUUCUGUUGCCACUGCUGUGCAACUUCUGGAGCUUGAACAUGAACUUCCAAGGGUUGGGUGGCAUUAGGCCAGGCUGCUGCAGCUCAGGGAGGGAGCCCUCUGCUUCCCUGCUAGAGUUUCUGGAAUUUUUUCCCCUUGGCCUCCUCUCUUUUCCCUCUGGAAGGAGCUUCUGGAACUGAAGAAUGCAUGUCUGUCCCAUGCUGCCAUCUGGAGGCUGCUGGGCAGGCUGGAGCAAAGGCCCUGACCCCUGGGGGCCUGGCCUGGGUGUAUGCUGACCCUCAGCCUGCCCUCUUUCCUCUAAGCUUCAUGCCUGGUUGGUGAUAUGCCCCCUGGAUGCACUAAAGUUUGCUCUCAUUUGCUCCUGGACUGGCUGUGAAGUGAAGAGAUGUUAUUUAAAGAGAAUUCCCUAUUUAUUUGACAAAAAAAGCAAAACAAAAAACAAAAAAAAACACAACCAGUUAAUAUAUUAAUGUGAAAUAAACCCUGUUUGCACCUUGGAUUUGUUUGCUGAAAAUGUGAAGUAGUAAAAAUGAAGUAACUGGA